AUGUUUGUAAUUUUGGAAUAUAUCCAACUAAUUAAACAUAACUAAAUUAGUAAAUAGCUGGUUGUACUGAAAUUUCAGUUAUAAAUUAAUUUUUUACUAGUUAAAGCACAUUUUGAAAAUAAGCAUAAGAAUAAGAGACAACUAUUUUAAAUAAACAUAUAAAAAAUUAGGACUAAAUUUGAUACUAUAAAAAACCAAUUUCUAAUUAUUUAAAAUCUAUAACAGAUAAAAAUAUAGGAGUGCUAUCAAGAGUCAAUUAUAAUUUUUUUUAUUAGUUUAAUCCAAUAAAGUUUAGAAUAUUGUAUAUGCUUAAUCUUUUCGAUUAUUGUAUUAUUUUUGGAUCUUCUUUCUAAUUAUCUCAAUAUCAAUGUGCCUCAAUGCAAUAAAUAAAUUUAGAAUUAACAUUGAGUAUGAUUUAUGACAAAUAUGUUAGAAUUUAUUAUUGGCCAAAAGCUAAAGCUUAUUUAAAAGAAGAAAAUACUAAUGGCUAAUAAAUUUAAGGAAAUAUACUUAUAGUAAGACCAAAUUAAGAUGUUAUUGGAUUAUAAGAAUAUAUUUAUUAACCUGA